CUUUCUGCUCUCUUUUUUUAAAAAAAUAAUAUAUAGAUUUCUAGUCUUUUUUUUUCUCCUCUUCUAUUCUUUCUUAUGAUAUGGCAAAAAGCUCAUAUGUAUUUACUUUACCCGAGGUAUCAUUAGACAAGGAUGAUACAUUCUCAAGAGAUUUGUUACGUCAAUUUGAUAAAAAAAGAUCUCGACUUCAUUUUGAAUUAGGCUUAUUGUCAGAGGAACCUUCACCGGAAUCAUCGACAAUCGAAGAACAAGAGCAAGAACAAGAACAACCAUCAGAAAUAGGAGAACAGACAUCAUCAAUAAGAGAAAUACACGAGGAACAAAGUAGAUCUUCAGCAAGUGAUUUAUUACGUAGAUCAUCCGCUUUUUUAAGAUCUAAAUUUGAUUCUUUUAAAAGAGCAAAUAGUAGUAAUAGUCAUCUAGGAUCAAAAAGAUCCACUGAUUCAUCUUUACAACAACAACAACAACGUCUUCCCACUAAACUAAUCAUGAAGACAACCAUUGCCAUUCAAUCAUCAUCUUCUCAACAACAACAACAAGUGAGAACACCCUUUAUACCUCCUACAAUUACCCAAUAUCCUCCAAAACCACUAGUUUAUUCACCUGUAGAGCCUAUUUAUGAUCAAGCACAACAAUCACAACACACCACUAAACAAUUAUUUCAUCGUCUAUCUAUGCCACUCAUCAAAGCAUAUCAUCAUUCUGAACCACAUCCUAAUAGACCGACUAGAAGACGAUCCGAACCAGACAAUCACAAUAAAUACAAAAAGAAAUAAUAGAUGCCAUUAUUACUCCUCUUUACUCUCUCUCCUCUAAUUGACAAAAUACCAGCCACACCUUUUAUGCUUUUUCAUUUUAUGAUUAUUAUAUAAAUAAAAGAAAGACCUUUUUCUUUUUUAUGUUCCAAAAAUUGACCAGCAAAACUAAUAAGUAGAGCUUCACUGGUACUAGAUGUAUAUUUUGGGUUCGGCGGUUACUCAUCAGUUGGUACCUCACUUGAGUAAGCA